CCUAGACGAACCCUGCCUAUUUUUAUCUGUCCCCUCUGACUGUUGGCGACAUCAUCGCGGCACCGCUGCCUGUCGCUAUUCCACUCACCACCUCGAACCAAUUCCAACCACCUGUUGCACGCCUCGCCCAAGUGCGCGGCCAAGCACGCAGGAUGCGCCGGCUUGAUCUCUCGGCCUCUGGCGCCCUGCUGGCGUCAUUGCUAGCCAUCGCGCCCUCGCCAGCCUCAGCCUUCUACUUCCCUGGAACCGCGCCGACGUCCUACAAGACUGGCGACACCGUGCCGCUAUUCGUCAAUCGCCUCACGCCGGCCGAUUCGCAGAACGAUCCGAAGCUACGGUCCGUCUUCUCCUUCGAUUACUACUAUCCGCCCUUUCACUUUUGCCGCGAGAAGGAUGGCCCAAAGGAAAUUCGUGAAAGCUUGGGAAGCAUACUCUUCGGCGACCGCAUACAGACAAGUCCUUUUGAGCUGAAGAUGGGAAUAAACGAGACGUGCAAGUUCCUCUGCGAGGCGCCUUAUCCGGGCCAGGAUGCAGCGUUCGUAAACGAUCGAAUAUACCAGGGCUAUGACCUCAAUUGGUUGAUAGACGGGCUGCCAGCAGCACAGUCAUUACGAGAACUUGGUUCGGACCAGGUCUUCUACCAACCUGGCUUUGCAUUGGGCUUGGUGGAUGAGGAAAAACCCAUGUUCAACAACCACUACGACAUUGUGAUUGACUACCACGAGGCUUCGCCUGGUAACUUCCGUGUAGUGGGCGUGCUGGUAGAUCCGUACUCGAUAGCCGAAUCAAAGAGGCAAGGCGAUAAUGGGGCGAUUUGCAAUGGGCAGACGCCAGUUGUUCUGCAAGACAAGGAGGGAGACGAGAAUCUGGUCGUCUUCACAUACGGCGUAUACUGGAGGCCCAGCCCGACGCCCUUUGCGACGCGGUGGGACAAAUAUCUUCAUGUCUACGACCCCAAGAUCCACUGGUUCUCCCUCAUCAACUCGGCAGUGAUUGUCGUGUUCCUCGUCGGUAUGGUCAGCACGAUCCUCGUUCGUACUCUUAAGAAGGACAUUGCGCGGUACAACCGCUUGGAUCAGUUUGCGCUCGAAGACUUUGGCGAGACUGGGGACGCUGACGAUACUGCCGAUGAUUCGGGCUGGAAGCUGGUGCAUGGCGAUGUAUUCAGGCCCCCAACAAACCCGCUGCUUCUGUCCGUCAUGCUUGGCAACGGAGCCCAGCUCUUUGCGAUGACAGCGCUAACUAUAGUAUUCGCGCUUCUCGGCUUCCUUUCCCCCAGCAAUCGCGGCGCGCUCGGGACCGUCAUCAUCAUCUUCUACACGCUCUUCGGUUUCCUUGGCGGCUACACCUCUGCGCGCAUCUACAAGUUCUUCCAUGGGGAAUCCUGGAAGCUGUGCUUCUUCUACACCCCUGUGGCUCUACCAGCAAUCGUUUUUGGUGUCUUCUUUCUCAUGAACCUGUUCGUCUGGGGCCGUGGCGCAUCAGGAGCAGUGCCAUUCACCACGAUGCUUGUCGUGGUGAUUAUCUGGUUUGUCAUCUCAGUGCCAUUGAGCAUUGCGGGUUCUUGGAUCGGCUUCAAGCAGGCCGCUAUCGAGCCGCCUGUUCGCACGAAUCAGAUCCCACGCCAAAUUCCACCAGCAGGAGGCUAUCUGCGACCUAUUCCUUCCAUGGCCCUGGCUGGUGUACUUCCCUUUGGCGCCAUCUUUGUUGAACUUUACUUCAUCAUGAACUCGAUUUGGUUCUCAAAAGUCUACUACAUGUUCGGAUUCCUCUUCCUCUGCUUCGGACUUAUGAUUAUUACUUCUGCGGCGGUUACGGUUCUGAUGAUAUACUUUCUACUCUGCGCAGAGAACUACCAUUGGCAGUGGAGGUCCUUCUUUACGGCUGGCGCUAGCGGGGCAUACGUGUUUGCUAGUUGCUUGCUAUACUGGGUCAAGGAUGUCAGCUGGACGAGCUGGACCAGUGGAGUAGUGUACCUGGGCUACUCUGCCCUACUGAGUGGACUGGUAUUCGUUCUCACAGGUACAAUUGGUUUCUUUGCAAGCUGGCUCUUCACACUCAGAAUCUACAGAUCGAUCAAGGUGGACUAAUUGCUUUGUCGAGUUUGGGCAGGCGUCUUGUACUGUUUUUUUCUUAGCAGUAUGAGAAGAUUCCAUGCUUCGUAGGCUGUAGUGUAGUUUUAGAUAGACUUAUACAGCGUUGUUCGCAUCUUAGUAUGCAAUUACUGUAGUUCAUGUGGGCUCGGUCCUACUAUUGCCAGGCCAGCACCUUUUCAGGUUGUGAGAAAUAAACAAAGUUGAU